CCGUCGCCUCAACCCCGACCCCAACCGAACCGCUGCCCUUUCCGCCCCCUCAGUCCAGAUUCGCAUCCGCAGCGGCACCGCCGCUCGUCCACAGACCCCUUGGUCUUGUAGAACCAUGGUGGGUACGCGUGGCUUUAGUAACCCGUCUGGUAGCAGUGCCCUGCCACCCGAAGUGGACCCGAACCAACUCCUGGUAAGGAUUCAUGGAUUGGUUACUAAUCAGCAACACCUGGCUGGGCAACUACAGAGAGAGCCACAACACCAACCUUCCCCUCGUCCAGAGUCUAGUGUUACAGAGUUCCGGUACAUGCGACCACCUUUCUUCUCUGGUGUUGAAGGUCCUCUAGCAGCGGAGGAGUUCCUAAAGGUUACCGAGACCAUUCUCACGAUGACCCGUAUUGCCCCUCCUGAAUGGGUGGAUCUUAUGGAUAUCCAGCUCACUGAUUCCGCUUGGAUCUGGUGGGCAGCUGAGAAGACCCAUCUUGAGAGGCCAAUCCUAUGGGAGAUGUUCACAGAGCGUUUCAACAGGAAGUAUUUUCCUCAGUCAGCUCGGGAUGAACUCCUGCGUAGAUUUGUUGAGCUCAAACAGGGAGGUCGAUCGGUUGAUGAGUAUGAAACCGACUUCUCUUUUCUAAGUCGAUAUGCUCCCCACCUGGUUAGAGACCCUACUAUUAGGAGACAUCAGUUCCAGAAGGGUCUGGAUAAGUAUAUUAGGUUUGCUCUGGCUGGUAGAGCACUUGCGACUCACGACGCCGUACUGAAUGCAGCACGAGAGAUCGAGAGUGUUCAGAAGGAACCUGAAGACCCACAUAUGAUUCAAAGCAGAACACCAGUAGCUCCAGCCUGAAAUGUCAAGUGUCCCCCUCCGAGGCAACAACAGACUCCUCAGAGGCAGCAAUUUUCCAGCUAAAGAGUCUUCUGAUGCAAAUUUAGUAUUAC